AUGGAGGGCUCCGGCUGGUGGCGAGGAGGGACAGGGGCCCUGGCAUGCUCCCCCCCGCCCCGCUCGGUUGCCAGGGGGUCCCCGUGCCUGGGUCCCGGGCAUCCCUCGGGGGGGUCCUGCUGCACCCCUGGGGCUUGCGCCACGGCUCCUCCAGCCGCAGUCUGGGUGCCUGCAGGCUGCCGGGGGGCGCAGGGCAGGUUCGCCUACAAGCUGCUCCACGACCUCUUUGCCAACUACUCCAGCGCCCUGCGCCCCGUGGAGGACACAGACCGGGCGCUCAACGUCACCCUCCAGGUCACGCUCUCCCAGAUCAUCGACAUGGACGAGAGGAACCAGGUCCUCACCUCCUACCUGUGGGUCCGCCAGGCCUGGCUGGAUGCCCACCUUACCUGGGACAAGGACACCUAUGACGGCAUCGACAGCAUCCGCAUCCCCAGCAGCUAUGUCUGGCGGCCAGACAUCGUCCUUUACAACAAUGCUGAUGACCGCUUUGGUGGCUCAAUGGAGACCAAUGUGGUGCUGCGCUCUGAUGGGCACAUCAUGUGGGACUCACCCGCCAUCACCAAGAGCUCCUGCAAGGUGGAUGUCUCCUACUUCCCCUUUGAUGGGCAGCGGUGCCGCCUCACCUUUGGCUCCUGGACCUACAAUGGGAACCAGAUCGACCUCCGCAACCGUCUAGACACCGGGGACCUGACAGACUUUGUGGAGAAUGUGGAGUGGGAGGUGCUGGGCAUGCCAGCCACAAGGAACGUGAUCACCUAUGGCUGCUGCUCCGAGCCCUACCCCGAUGUCACCUACACAUUGCUCCUCCGCCGCCGUGCCUCCUUCUACAUCUUCAACCUGCUCCUGCCCUGCAUCAUGGUCUCCUUUCUGGCACCCCUUGGCUUCUACCUGCCUGCCGACUCAGGGGAGAAGGUCUCGCUGGGGGUGACAGUGCUGCUGGCCCUCACUGUCUUUCAGCUGCUGGUGGCAGAGAGCAUGCCACCCUCGGAGAGUGUCCCACUCAUCGGGAAGUACUACAUUGCCACCAUGACCAUGAUCACGGCCUCCACUGCGCUGACCAUCUUCAUCAUGAACAUCCACCACUGUGGCCCAGGGGCCCGAUCUGUGCCCCCUUGGGCCAGGUGGCUUAUCCUCCACCACAUGGCCCGGCUCUGCUGCGUCUAUGAGGUGGGCGAGAGCUGCAAGAGCUCCCGGCGGGUCCUGGGUGGGCGGGCAGGCAGUGGGGAAGCUGGGGGUCUGGGAAAGAGCCCUGGGGAGGGGGAGGCAGAUGCCGAGGCAGGGGGCUGCCCCAGGGACUGCUGCCUGUGCCACCAUGAUGGCCUGCUGAGGAACGUCAGCUACAUCGCUGGCUGCUUCCGACGCCACCGAGCCACCCAGCACCUGACCGGCGAGUGGAAGAAGGUGGCCAAGGUGAUGGACCGCUUCUUCAUGUGGGUCUUCUUCUUCAUGGUCUUCCUCAUGAGUGUGCUAGUCUUGUGCAAAGCUGCCUGAUGGUCUCACACACCAACUGCCCCCAUACACCCCCUGCCCACAAUGCCCCCCAAGGACAGAGGUGACCAUGGGUGCCCCAUGAGGGUGGCUUAUCCCAAGCACCCAUUGGACCCCCAUGGAGCUUCACAGUGGGAGCUCCACCAGCACUGGAGGAGAGAAGCCCAACAGCGGGACCCUAACCCUGGCCAGGGCCACCCUGAGCUGCAGGCUUGAGGGGCCUCAGUCCCGUGGACAGCUGUUCCAGGGCAUGCACCCAUGUGCCCUCAUUGCACCCUGCACCCCAGAAAUCCCACAAACUGGAAAUAA